AUGUUCAUCAAUCAAAAAUUAAAUUUACCGAAACCUAUUCGGGUUAUUUAUGUUGCUGGUCUUGAUUUAUUUAAUCGUUGCUGUGGUCUGACAUCAUUGAGAGCACCUCAGAUGGGUGGUGUUGCUGUAGUUUAUCGUUUAGGUCAAGAUGAUCGUUUUAUAACAUCGACACAUACACAGGAUGAUACCAAACUAUUUUAUGUAUGUACUGAUAAUGAUGAUGAUGCUAUGGAUACAUCAAGUUCAGAUUUGGACGAUAUUAGUUCAACAUUAAUUCGAAAACGCUACAAAAACAAUGAAAAUUGUGAUCAUUUAACUUUUAAAUCAGUUUUGGAUCACCUGAAAAUGAUAUCAUCGACGAAGAAUUAA